AUGCCUGUAGCACCAGCACCAGCACCUCCAGGCCUCCAGGCCUUCAGGCAGCACUGCCAGCUGGAGUCUGGCAGUUGUGGGCCAUCAGAACAAGGUCUCUAUUGGCGAUUUGCGAGUGCUCACAAGUGCUCCACGACGACUUUGUUUGCGCAAAGAUAA